GAUUACCAACUGAAGUCUAAUCCUUGCAUGUGAGGAUAACUUUUACACCGCCUCUAUGAUUGGCCAAUACGUAUUUGGUAGUUCUAGUUGCCCUGUUCCCAUCAUGAGGUGGUUGGACGUGCCUUGUAAGGAAUCUCGUAGCUAACUUAUAACGGAAGUACUAACACUUGUCUUUGUUGAUUAAAACAGCGUGCCAUAAGAUAUGGAAAACGAAGUGGAGCUGACAACAGUGAUGAUAAUAAUAAAUAACAUUAACAAGGAUCUGGAUAAAAAGACGUCAAGAUUUGAAAUGCAACAGCAUAGACGGGGUACAAGGAAAAGAGAUGCGUGGAGAUGAUGGGGAAUGAAACCAGCAAAGUGAGGUUGGUAGAGGCUUGUCAAAGCCGUACCAAGAAAACGCUGUGAAAAGGAAAAACUGAUAAUAAAGACAAUAAAAUGCGGGUCGUGGAGACAGGCAAGAGCCAACAGGCGGGGGCGAGUUCACAAUGAAGAACGCAAAAGGAGAGGACACUACUGCUUCAUUCUCAUGGUGGCAGGAUAGCCAUAGUCGUCCUCCUCAAUCACCAUGGCUCCAAGCUACGCUUUCAGAUCUUGACGAGAAGACGAAGGUGAUGGUGAGCAUUAUCGAUCAAAACGAUGGUGAUUCGUUCUCGAGAAGAGCCGAAACCUUCUACAUGAGAAGACCUGAGCUAGUUGGCACGAUCCGCAACGUGCACAGAUCCUAUGGCUCCCUGGCUCGAAGGUACAAGCAACUUGCAAGUCCGGUUUUAAAUUUAGAGGAUGAUUCGUCGUCGUCGUCAUUUUUUUCUUCUUCUUCCUCUUCUUCCGCUGCUGCUAUUGAAAAUGGAAGGAGGCGUUUGGGUUAUGAUGAGAUAAAGGCGGUGUCAGAGGAGAAGAAGGUAGAGGUUGAAAUAGCAGACACAAGGUUAAGGGUGUUGAAGCUGGCGGAGGGUAACUUGUAUGAGCAGGCUGAGUUGACGAGGAAGAACAAUCACGACAGAGAAGCUAUUCGACUUUUCUGCACACGCGUCCAAAGGCUAGUGAAUGAGGAGCACCGGGACCCGAACUCUUUCUUACGAACCCCCUCCUCCACGUCGCCCCCUUAGCAAACUAUAUAUACCUUACUUUUCCAUUUCAUUUUCCAAAAACAAAAAUCUCUUCUAAAUUCAUCAUGUGAUUAUCCGCAUACACGAACGUGAGUUAAAAAUUCCAUGACUUCGAUAAUUAUUCUUUUUUGUACAUAACAUUAAUAUAGCUGGAUGUAUAGAUACGCCAAGGCAUUCA